AUGGAACCGAACCAGAAGGAUGAGCAGCCAGCGCAAACUCCGAGCAGCCCACAUGAACCAGCAAGUGAAUCGCUCGUAAAUUCUGAUCCAGGAGACCAAAACAAUCAACUGAAAUCGAGAGAAAAUUCUUCUUUAUGGAGUUUAGCGUCGAAAUUGUUCGUUUUGGAGCUACUGGCUGUGGUUCUAUCCACGGCCCUCUUGAUCGCCAUUAUUGUGAUAUUGGCCUCCUUCAAUCAUCACCCUCAACCGCACUGGGAGCAUAUGUCGCUGAACUCAUUAAUAUCGUGGCUAAGUACUAUCUCUAAAGGAUCUGUCUUAUUCGCCAUUAGCGAGAGUCUAGGGCAGCUGAAGUGGCUGUGGUUCACCCAGAAGUCGCGGGCCAUAUCUGAUUUGCAGACCUUCGAUGCAGCGAGUCGAGGGUUCUUUGGCAGUGCGAUGCUCAUGUGGGAUUUACGUGCAAAACAUUUUGCUACCCCAGGAAGUCUGGCCAUCAUUCUUGCGCUCGCCUUCGAUCCCUUCACCCAGAAUCUUAUUCAAUAUUACCCGAAGCUCUCACCUGAUGCCACACAAACAGCGGUUGUAUCAAAUAAUAUUGUGUACGAUACCAUCGGCCCAGAAUUUGAACUGGGAGGAGGUAAGUCGGAAAGCACGCAUCCGGCCUUGAGUGUCGCUAAUCAGAACGGCAUAAAAGAGGCCUACGUAGACCAAGCACUUAAAGCCAACGUCUACAAUUCAAUAUUCAAUAGCGACUCAUCGAAGCCAUGGUCAAUUCCCAACUACACAUGCAGCACUGGAAACUGCACGUGGGAUCCAAUAGCUUCCCUGGGAAUGCAAGCGAUAUGUGCCGAUAUCACGGAUUACUUGGAUAUCCAAUGCAAUACUAUCGCAGCCAAUCUUACAGAUGGCGGCGAUAGCAAUUGCACUAUCUAUAUUCAAUAUAACUCCUCGACAAGUCCGAUCUCUGCCAAUUUCAUUGAGAACUCACCGGUGGGACUUGCUGUCGUUGCAGGAAUGACCAACCUCUCCAUUAUCCAAGGAGAACCCGCCUUUAGCCACAUCCAGCUUAUCGCACCCGAGGAGUCCGUCAACACUAAUCAAUUCCUCACAAACUCGACUAAAUGGCAAGCAAUGGAAUGCACGCUGACACCCAUAGCCCGAAGGGUUCACACUGCGGUCACGGGGGGCGUCUAUCAGGAAGACACAUUGUCCAUCUGGGCAAAUGGUUCUAUCACCAAUGGGACGGCCGAUUAUUCCCUCCAGCCCACUUGGGGACCAGAGAUGGGCGUUGCAUAUAACACGACCUUUUCGAUACCACUGCGAAUAAUGUCUGCCAUAGACGACUUUAUGAUAAGUUUCUUCGCUGGUAGCGUGCAGUUAAGCCUUGAUAGUCUUGCAUUUAAUCCAAGCGACAAAUUUGCAUACGCCAGCGCCGAUUUCAUGCAGGCCAUCUCAAUCUCGAAUAUCACCGGCUGUACGGCCACGGGCGCCGCGAAACUCCGUUGCGCUAUGGAAAACGCCGCUGCUGCGAUGGAAAAGUCCUUCCGAGACUCGACGCCCUCUUCUACGGGAUCGAAGUCCCCCACCGUGGGCCAGGCAAUGUCGAACAUGACAUAUGUUGCCGUGCAUUGGCAAUGGAUUGCUCUUCCAAUUCUGGGGGUCAGGACGAACAACCUUCAGUGA